AAACUUUUAACUUUUUUUUUUUUUUUAAUAAUUUUAGCUUCAAGAUAUUUCCUAAAUGUUAAUAAAACCAUUAUGACAGUGGUACAACAACAAUGAAAAUCGUUAUUGUUAUUAUAUAUUUGACGUUAUUAACAUCAAAAACUUGUCAACAAAACACAAUAGCUGUUUUUUGCGAUUUUUCAUCAAGUUCAAUAAUAUGUCCUGAUAGAUCAAUAAUAUUAAUUCAAAGUGCUUUAUAUGGUCGUAAUAACAGUAAAGUAUGUCCAAACAAAUUAACUGUAGAUUUAAGCAAAUGCAAAUUAAAAAAUAUCACAGAUGUUGUUCGAAAUAUCUGCAAUGGAAAAAACAGUUGUUCUAUAUUAUCCAAAAACGUAGUGGUUAAUCCAGAUCCAUGUAUAAAUGUCACAAAGUACACAAUUGUUAACUACAACUGUUAUUUGGAGAAUUCCUUUUUUAUUGAAAAGAUAGAGAAUGAGUACACUCGUAAAAGUUUGGAUGUCUUUUACGAUGAAUUUGUGGUAUCAUUUGUAAUAUUAUCAACUGGGAAACCAACCACAUCUAUUAUAGAUAUUACUGAUAAAAAUGUCGGUAGUGUGUUGAGCUUCAAUAUUUUUGGUUGUUGUUAUUUAAAUAUUAUCUCAUUAAGUAAUGUAUUUUCUAUUGAAGCCGCAGCUAAAAAAUCGACUUCAGUUUUAAUUUCUAAUUUAUAUAUAAAUAAUGAUAACACUUAUAAAAUUACAAUGGUUGUUAAUGGAACAGUGCAAUUUUCUAAUAUAACUACUCAACCAAUGGUGUUUAAUGACGUUGUUUUGUAUACUUUUGUUGAUUGUUCUUUUAAUUCCUUUUGCAACUAUGGAUCAAUUAAAAAUUUAUCAAUUUACAGUAAAACACAAGUUGUUUGGUCAGAAUGGAGUGAGUGGUCAUUGUGUAACACAUCUUGUAUUUCAACAAGAACUCGUAACUGCAGCUCUAAUCGAAUGUUAAACUGCUCAGGAAGCAGCGUCAAAACAAGAUCAUGCACUUGUUUAUAUAAAGAGUUUUUCCUCAUUCAAAACGAAACAUCAAUAUUGAAAAACAAUCUGGUAAAAACAUUAAUGAAACAUACUAAAGAAUACACAGUUUCUUUUGAAAUUAAACCAACAAGAUUUUUAUAUGAAUGGGCAAAUGUCAUUCAUUUGACUACUAAUAAUAACAAUCAUAAAUAUGGCGAUCGGAAUCCAGCAGUGUUUUUUCAUCAAAAUGGAAGCGGGUUGCAUAUUUGCUCUGCGGUUAGUGGUAUUAUCAAUUAUGUUAAAAAUACGAAUAAACUAGGUCUUCAUAAUUGGAGUUCAGUUAAAAUAGCACAAGAGUUUAAAGAAAGUAAAUAUAUUUACUCAAUUGAACUUAAUGGUCAAAGAAUUUUAUAUAUAGAAAAUAAUGAUACAAGAGACUUUUCUAAUGUUAAAGUAUAUGUUUCUAAUCCGUGGUAUGAAGCACAACCUGGAUUUAUUAAAAAUCUUAAAAUAACACAGGGAAAUAGAAAAUGGAAAGUUUCAUGGACACAAUGGAGUGAUUGGUCAAGUUGCAAUGUAUCAAAUGGAAUUGGCUUUAAAAAGAGAACAAGGAUGUGUCAUGACUCAUUUCAUUUGUGUUGCAAUGACAAUUAUGAAGUUAAAGAAUGCUUUGCUUUUUGGACACCAUGGAGCAGUUGGUCAAUUUGUAAUACAUAUGGGCUUAUGAACAGAUCUAGAAGUUGUAAUAUUUCAAACUCAGGGGAUUUUUGUGCUGGCAAUACCUUUGAUGUAAAGGAAUGCUAUGCUUAUUGGUCAAAAUGGAGCGAUUGGACAGCUUGUAAUGCUUCUUAUGGAUUUAUAAACAGAACAAGAGAAUGUAAAAUUUCUAAUGCAAGCGAUUGGUGUUAUAAUAAUAAUACUGAAGUUUUAGAAUGUUUUGCUAUUUGGGCACAAAGGAGCAAUCUAACUAAUUGUAAUUUUUCUCAUGGAUUUUUGGACAAAUCAAGGGUUUGUGAGAUUUCAAAUGUUAUAGAUUGGUGUCAUGGCAGCAAUUUUGAAGUCAUGGAAUGCUUUGAAAAAUGGACAACUUGGAGUGAGUGUUCCAUAACAUGUGGAGUGGGUAGUAGAAGUAGAUAUUCGCAACAUGGAACUAAGAAAGUGACAGAUGAAGAAAGUUGUAAUCAAAUCAACUGCCCAGAGGAUGGAAUGUGGGGGACUUGGAAAAAAUCGGAAUGUUCAAAUACAUGUGGUAAAGGAAUUAAGUUUGUUAGUAGAAGCUGUGAUAAGCCAUCUCCAUCUUUUAAUGGUCGAGAUUGUAUAGGUGUUAGCAACUAUACUGAAGUUUGCGAUAACGAUAUUGUUUGUCCAUUAAAUGGUAAUUGGUCUAUGUGGUCAUCUUGGUCGUUAUGUAGCCAACCAUGUGGUGGAGGUUUUUAUUCAAGAUUUCGCAACUGCUCAAACCCUAUACCGAAAUUUGGUGGUCAGGGUUGCAAUGGAAACAUUAAGGAAUUUGUCAAUUGUACAAAACAUUAUUGCAAAAGUACAAAAUUGAAUUUGAGAGUGAAUUUCAUUGAUGAAAUGUAUAAUGAUUGGUAUUCUCAAUUAACAAGUACAAGAUCUUUAUUACUUAUAAAUAAAAUUCAAGAUGAGAUUACAAAACUUUACACUAAUCACAAAGUAAACUUCAUUAUUGUUGUACAUUCUAUUGAAAAUGAUCCUUAAACUCGUUGAAAGACUUUUUUAAAUAAAGAUACAAAAACCCGUAUAAGAGCAAAAGUGACUAUAUAAAGCAACAAAAGAGUGGUAAAGAAUCUAUACGAGAUUGGAUUGCACGCUUUUUAAAUAACUUUACUAAGCUUAAUUUUAAUUACUUUUUUUAUAUUACUAACUUAGUUAAACGUAAGGAGGUGGGUAAUAGAUUUAUAAUGUAUAAUUUUAAUAAGUAGUCAAAACUAACAUUUUCCCAGUGGGAAUUAAAAAGACUUUCAAAACGUUCAAAAGAUGUUUGAAACUUCGAAAGACGUUUAAAAGACGCCUUUUUUACGUCCCGCGCUCACUGGAUUACUUCUGAGUUUUUUUAAUUUUUUAUAUUUUUGAUAUGCACAUAUUUGGCAUUUUAAAAAGAAUUUUAUAAAAUUUUUUAAAACUUUCUUAUAACCGGUGCAACUUUUAUUGUCAUGGAUUUUGGCAUUUCUAAAGGUUCUUUGUAUGUGUACAAUACUUUGAAAUAACUUCGUAUUUGUGAGUUUA